GCUCUGUAUUUCCAAAAUGGCGCUCCAGAGGAAGAAAGACGGCGGACCUAAUGUAAAAUAUUUUGAAUCUCAAGAAACUAUAGCUCAGUUCGACCCAGUUCGUACGUGGCUUCUCAAAAAUUGUAAAAAAUAUGUUCAAGCUGAUCCCCCAACUAACAAGAAUUUGGCUACACUGCUGGUACAGUUACUACAGUUUCAAGAAGAAGCUUUUGGUAGACAUGUUACAAAUCCAGCGCUUACCAAGUUGCCUAUGAAAUAUUUUCAAGAUUUUAAACCUGGCUCUGGUCUCUGUCAAAUUUUUCAAGCUGUUUUUAAGUUUAAAAGUGAACAAGGAUGGAGACGUUUUGAUUUUUCUUCUCCUUCUCGAAUGGACCGCAAUGUGGAAAUGUUUCUACAAGUGGAAAAGGCAUUGGUUUCUUCCAAGUGUUUUGUUCUGCCUCAGAUUUAUAUUAGACCUGAUGUAGACAAACUCUUGGUACCAAAACUUAAAGACAUCAUCAAACGUCAUCAAGGAGGUCUUGUGGAAGAUAUUGAAUCAUCAACUCAUGUCAUUUACAAUGUUUCUCAAAACCCCCCAGCGACUGAAGAAGAAUAUUUUCGUCCAACUUUUAAACGAGAUAAAUGUUAUGGAAUUCAUUGGUGGUAUUUUCCUGACAGUUAUGACUCUUGGGUGUCAGAUAUUAACAUUGAGUAUGAUCUAGAACAGACACCUCCACCAGAACAAUGGGAGGUUACAGCACGAUGGCUUCUUGACCUUGAUGAAUUUAAUGAAUGGAUGAAUGAAGAGGACUAUCUUAUUGAGGAUGAAAUAACCAGUGGUGAUGGGAAAAAAUCCAAGAAAACGGGAAAAGUGCGUCUUACUAUUGAUGAUAUUAGGGAUAGCUCUGAUGCUGACAAAAGCAGACGGCCCAAAAAAGGCAACAACAAACGUAAGCGAUCUCCUUCACCAGCCCAGGAAAAGACAAAACGAAAAAGCUCUAGAUCUACUGCCACUGGUUCCAAUAAGAAACGCAAAUGGGAAGAAGAUGAAGAAGACAGUACUAAAGACAUGGAAGACCCCCAGCCUGAGACCAACAUGCAAGAGGUUCAUAAUCCUAAAUCUGGAUUUGGGGCAAGAGGUGGAAAAGAUGAAUUUACUCCAAUCAAAGGCGGAUCUAUUAUGGAUUUAGAUGAAGAACAAGCAGACAAGGCAGAUCAAGAAAGGCCUGAAGGUGCUACUGGAACUACUGGUGAGGAAACCGAGAAGAAAGACACACAGGAAGCAGGAGAUGACACCUUGACCGAACAAACACAUCACAUCAUUGUCCCUAGCUACUCAGCCUGGUUUGAUUACAACUCUAUCCACGCGAUAGAAAGAAGAGCAUUGCCAGAGUUUUUCAAUGGGAAAAACAAAUCUAAAACACCUGAGAUAUAUGUUGCAUACCGUAACUUUAUGAUAGACACAUAUCGUUUGAAUCCAACCGAGUACCUCACAUCCACAGCUGUAAGGAGAAAUCUAGCGGGAGAUGUCUGCUGCAUUUUGAGAGUACAUGCCUUCUUAGAGCAAUGGGGUCUAGUCAACUAUCAAGUAGAUGCUGAUAGCCAUCCAUCCCCAAUGGGGCCUCCUACAACUUCACAUUUCCAUAUCUUGGCUGACACACCUUCUGGUAUUGCAUCCAUUAACCCUCCAAGGCUUAAUCAGCCAUCAGCAGCACAGGAGAUUUGUGACUUUAGUGAAAGGAGGGACAGAGAAGAUGACACAAGAAAGGACUUGUCCAAUGUUGGGUUAAAAACUGAUAUCUACACAAGAAAAGCUCUCAAGGACAAAAACCCAUCUCUGCGUGUCCGUGAAUGGACUGAUCAAGAAACCCUCCUGCUGUUGGAAGCGUUGGAGCUCUACAAAGAUGACUGGAACAAAGUAUGUGAACAUGUAGGCAGCCGUACUCAAGAUGAAUGUAUUUUACACUUUUUGCGGUUACCAAUUGAAGAUCCAUUUCUUGAAGAUGAUGAUGGUCACCUUGGGCCUCUGGUGUAUCAACCAAUCCCAUUUUCCAAGAGUGGAAAUCCAAUCAUGUCUACAGUGGCUUUUCUGGCCUCUGUUGUUGAUCCAAGGGUCGCCAGUGCUGCUGCUAAAGCAGCUUUAGAGGAGUUUUCUAAAAUGAAAGAUGAAGUUCCUCCUGCUAUUGUGGAUGCUCACACUAAAACAGUUGUUACUGCUACUAAAGAGGGCAAGGCUGUUGAUCCAAAUUAUGGCCUUGAAAAAAGUGGCAUUGCUGGUACAGAGAUUGCAAGUGAUGAAAAUGGUGAUGCUAAGAAAGAAGACAAACCAAAGAAGGAUGAGGAUGAUGAAUGUAUGGAAACAGAUGGGACCAAAGAAAAAGAUGAAGAAAAAGAAGAAGAUGAGAAAGAGAAACCAGAGCUGGAAACAAAGGAUUCUGAGAAAAAAGAUGAAGACACAGAAAAAACUGAACCAAAGAGUGAAGAAAAAAAUAAGGAAGAAAAAACCUCGGCUGUCCAAGAGAAGUUGCUUGAUGGCCCGGACGACAACGCUUCAGUUGUUUCAACAGCAGCGGCUGCAGCUCUAGCUUCUGCUGCUGUCAAAGCUAAACAUUUAGCAGCAGUUGAGGAGAGAAAGAUCAAAGGACUUGUAGCUCUGUUAGUUGAGACACAGAUGAAGAAACUGGAGAUCAAGCUGAGACACUUUGAGGAGCUUGAGACCAUUAUGGAUAAGGAAAGAGAAUCUCUAGAGUACCAGCGCCAGCAGCUGUUACAAGAAAGACAACAGUUCCACAUGGAGCAGAUCAGGGCAGCAGAGUACAGGGCCAGGCAGUUUGCCAACCAACAGCUGACAGACAGCAAGCCCCAGCUGACCCAGCAUGGUGACAGCACACCAUCAAGCUCUGGUGCCCCACCAUCUGUCCACAACCCUGCCCUGGCAGCGGCUGUUAGUCACGGCUCCGGUUAUGUCAUGCAUGGAUCCCCCAUGCCACCCCAAGGUCCACAGGUGCAGGCAACUCAAGUCUCCCAGGGUUCACCUGCUGCCACCCCUGUCUUAUCUAGCACCCCCGCACCUCCAUCCCUCGCUUCAUCCGUACCCACAUCAGCCAUCUCAUCGCCCUCCACAUCAUCGUUAAAUGAACCUGCACCCUCCACCACCCCCACAUGUGUCAGUUCAUCAUCUGGUGCCCUCACCCAGGCUUUACAGUCUUCUCCACAGACACCCCCACCCACACUCACCCCUAGUGGUACACCCACACCACAACAGCAAGCCGCCAUGCUGCCCGUCAACCAGCAGCCACACAUGCACCUCCAGCAACCUCUCGGACAAAGUUUCCCCCCUAAUCCAUACACCAACCCUGGCUCAACCACACAGGGUGGUCCAUAUUCUUCAAGCCCCCACCCCCAGGGGGUUGCGGCUUACCAACCAGGUACCCCACAUACAUACCAGCACCCCAUGGGAAUGAGCCAAGGGUCAUCUCAGCCCUACCCUGGCCCCCAGACACAGCCUGGCCAUUAUCAGGGCUUCAUGAACCAGCCCAAUCAAUACCCACCCCACCCUGGUAACCCACAAUUUGGGACUCCCCAGCAAGGUUACUCUCAGUACAGUGGGGCCCCUUCAUCCGGCCCUUACCCUAACCAGCCCAUGCAGCAGUACCCAGGCCAGUAUCCUCAGACAGGUCUGGGGGCUCCCCAGGGCGCCCCUCCCCCAGGUGUAACUAGAGGGCCUAUGUCUGGAAAUGCUGCAGUCUAUCGUCUACUCUGUGCUUUAGGUACAGGUGAUUCACAAGAGCAGAUGAUGAUCUCCCCCUCCCCCCCAAGUGCCAACAAGUAGGACAACACAAAGCAUUGACUGUUAUAAUGGAUAAACACAUCGUUUGGAUUAGGUGUCUUAUAUUUUAUGGCUAAUUUAAUUUUUGUUUGUUGAGAAUUGCAUUUAAUAUCAUUAUGUGAAAUGUCUUUAUGUGCAACCUUUUUUUUUGUUAACAUAUUGAUUUUGCAGCCUUCAAAAAUGUGUAUUUACUAUUUACAUGGUGCAUAAAAAAUAUUUUUUGCAUUAACACGCGACCCUGACAUUUAUUUAUGUAACUUGAAAAUUCGACCAUUUUAUUCGGUUUAACUUACACUCUUAGUUUCAGAUUUUAAAACAUAAUUAAACUAGUGCUCUUUUUAAAUGUAAGCUUUUGUUAACAUUUAGUUAUACAAAGGCUGGACAUACUUCCCUCUUCUAUAGUAGUUUGAGGUCAACUUCUUGGAUAAAGGCUAGUCAGCAAACUACUUUAUUAAUUACUUUGCUAUAGUACCGUACCUUUACUAUUAAAAUUCCUAAUCAAAUCGAUAAUUGCUUUUAGGCUAAGUAAGUUGGUAGAGGUUAAUUUAGCUGAGCUAACUAUUGAGGUUCUCUAAGGCUAGUUUAGUUAGUUAAUGUAGGGGGUUGCCAGUAUCUCAUGUGAUGUCAGUACAGAAAAAAAGCUAUUGUGGUUUGUCCUUUUGGACUUGUAUGUGUUAAAUCAAUGUUUUCAUUGACUUUAUUCAAGUGCAUCAAACUAUAUUAUAAAACAAUUUUUUUAUAUUUUUAAUAAUUUAAUAUACUGAAGAGCAUAAGAUAUAAAUAUGUAAAUACUUGUUGAUAAAACCUUAAUAUAAUCCUACAAAUAUACUAGCCUUUGGAUUUCUAUACGGUGUAGAAGCUUGACUCUGUUUCUUGAUGACCAGCUUGUCAUUAGUUCUCGUGUAGUUAGUGUUGCUUGAAACAAAGUUAUGUGUAAGUGUUAUUUAUUGUAUUCUUUCUAGAGAAGCUGGAAGAUUUUUCUUGUCAAAAAACUAGUUUUGUUAAAUUAAUUUGUUUUUGUAAAAGCAGCUUUACUAGUAGUAACAGUAAUUGUAUUUUGAUAUUUUUUUUUCUUUUUGUAAAUCUGUUGAGUAAUAUUUAGAUUGUUCUCUCAUUAGUCUAAAUUUGUAAUGGCACCAAGAAUUUUUUUUACAAGUAUUACCAUAAUAAUACUGAAAUUGUUUUUUUUUUUUAAACCUGUACUGAAAUGAUUUCAUAAGAAAAAUAUUUUCUUUCACAUUACUAAAGAUCUUCAUGUAAGCUUUGUUUUACAUUAUAUUCUUAAAAAUUGA